AUGGCAUUGCUGAUGAUGCUCUAUCAAGUCGGCGGUAUCUUCCUUACCUUUCUUUUCAAUUCUCUUGCCAACUCUCAUCAUCUCUGUGAUCCCAAACAAAGCCUUGCCCUUUGGGAGUUCAAGAAAGCCUUUUCCUUGGAUGAAUCUGCAUCAAGUUUUUGCAAUGAUGAGCUUAAGAAGCAAGCUUAUCCAAAGACAGAGACAUGGAACCAAACCAAUGAUUGCUGUUCAUGGGAUGGCGUGCAAUGCGACGAGGAAGGAGAAGGUCAUGUCGUGGGGCUUGACCUCAGCUGCAGUUGGCUUAGUGGAAUUCUUCAUCCCAACAGCACCCUUUUUUCCCUUUCUCACCUUCAAACCUUGAAUCUUUCUCAUAACUAUGUUUUUUCAUCUGAAUUUUCACCCUCAUUUGGAACGUUUAAAGACUUGAGGGCUCUGGAUCUUUCCUCUUCUUUGAUCACAGGAGAUGUUCCGAUGGAAAUAUCAUAUCUGUCUAAGCUUGUUUCUCUUGAUCUUUCCUGGAACGAUCUCAAUAUGUCACGCAUAGUUAUGAAUCAGCUUCUUCAUAACCUAACUAAUCUAAGGGAUCUUGCACUUUCUCAUGUACGCCUCCAUGACAUCACACCCGCUUCUUUCAUCAACAUUUCUCUUUCUAUAGCUUCUCUUUCUCUUUCUUCAUCUGGGUUGAGUGGGGAUUUUCCACAACAUAUUUUCAGUCUUCCAAAUUUGCGUGUGUUACAACUUGAUUAUAAUUCUGAAUUGAAUGGGCUUUUGCCAAUGUCUAAUUGGAGUGAAUCACUUGAAAUCUUGAGUCUUAGUUGGACUAAUUUUUCAGGAGAGAUCCCUUAUUCCAUUGGUAAUGCCAAGUCCUUGAUAUCUUUACACCUUUCAUUCUCCAAUUUCACUGGUGGACUUCCAAAAUCAAUAGGAAACCUUACCCAACUCAGUCACAUUGAUCUCUCUUAUAAUAACUUCAAUGGUCACCUACCCAAUUCUCUUUUCAACCUUACCCACCUCUCCACCAUCUCAUUUUUGUUCAACUUCUUUUCAGGUCAUUUAUGUUGA